AUGCCUUCCACCCACUGGCUCACAUCCAUCGCACUGGCGACGUGCAGCAUGGGCGCCCUUGCAGCCCACGCCCAGCCUCGCAACCCAGUGGCGUUCGAGGAGCUAGCCCACCUUGGCGACUUCAACCCCCUCGAGAGGCGCGGCGAGCCCGUCAUCGGCGCCAUCCGGACCUACACCCUGCCCUUUUGCGACAACGACACGGACAACCUCGGCGGCGGCGGGAGAGACUGGACCAUCGCGCCGGACACGUGCAUGAAGGUGUCCACGAGCACGUCGUUCCAGAUCUUCAAGGUGCCCCAGUGUGCCAACGGCACCCAGGCUCUGCUGGCGCGGUACGAGGGCCGCGACUGCAACUACGGCGAGAUCACUUUUGACGGGGGCCUGGUGGAGGUGGCCGACAGCGACCUGUACAAGUGCCAGACCGUCGGGCCGAGAAACUACACGGUCGACGAGGAGCACGCGUCGCUCGCCAGCUUUGGCUUCUACUGCGACGGGCGGCAGUCGGAGCGCCCCUUAGAUGACGACAAAUCCAAGGCGAAGAAGGGCUCCGUGUCGAUGAACGUGUGCCCGAACGCCGCGGGCGAAACGAGGAGGGCCCCGACGUGGGAGCAUCCCGCACCGGAUGAGUGCGUCGUCGCCCUCUCGGGGUGGCAGGCUAGCAUCUACAAGGCGGCAGUCUGCGAGAAUGGGAAGCCGUCGCGCUUGGCUAAGUGGACCACCAACCGCUUCUGCGAGGGUAAAUAUGACUCUAUCGAGGAGAUCACCGACGACAUGAUUGACAGCUGUAUCCUCAUCAGCGCGGAGAAGCACGGAGCUAUGAGUUUCUACUGCAACGGCGCCGGCCUUGGAUGGGCGCUUCCGAGCAAGCAGUCCGUACUCCUCCUCGCCUCCUUUUGGAUUACCGCUCUCGCUGGUUCAGCUCUUAUAUAG